UUUUUUUUUUCGUUGCGGUUGUGCUAACUGCGCAGAGUUACAUAUUGAAAGAAACGCGAAUGUUUGAAUCAGCGCAAUAACAUCUUCGUCGUCAGGAGAAAGAGAGAGAGAAAAAAACAAAAAGCAACAACGAGGUUUCUUCGGCAGGUUUCGCCAACUCGACUUUCAGUGUCUGGUGAGCCCUCGAAUUGGCGACAUGCUCUUCCGGCUCAAUCCUGUCAUCCGGAUGAACGCCCGCUAUAGUAUUGUCCGAUAGUAUGUUUAGUAAAGAUGAACGAAUCAGCUGCACUUAACGCAUCCGACAAUUCCGCCGAGGCCGAAGAAGAAAGGGUCAAUGUCGAAAAAUACCUGGCGCCCGUUAUCUUCGGCCUCAUCUUCGUGGUGGGUGCGGUCGGCAACGGCAGCCUCAUGUUCAUCAUCUGCCGCUACAAAUCCAUGCGCAACCUGCCCAACAUAUUCAUCUUCAAUCUGGCCCUUGGCGACCUGUUUAUUCUCCUCUUUGCCGUCCCGUUCACCUCCUCCAUUUUCACGUUCAAUGUAUGGCCCUUUGGCGAAUUUGUCUGCAAAGCUUCCGAGUUUGCCAAGGAUACUUCCGUGAGUGUUUCCGUUUUCACGCUCAUGGCCCUCAGUUUUGACCGGUACAAUGCGAUCGUCAAUCCCGUCCAGUCGUACGCGGCUGGCCCCAAAUCGAAACGUCGCAUCAUCUUCACUCUUGCCGUCAUCUGGUUGGUAUCGCUCGGAUUGGCCUCUCCGGCCGCCGUCUUUUCUCGUUUGGUUGAGGUUAAACUGCUGCCAACUUGGAAUUCAUCGUCUUUGGUGGUCUAUGACGUCAACAACGACGAUCAGUUAUUGAAUCAAACCCAAAACGAGAACGAGACUUCGUCUGCCCAGCUCCUGGUUCGCUUUUGUUAUCCGUUUCCAGGCAAAUUCGGCGACGGCAUUCACUCCAAAUCGGUCAUCGUCGGCCGUGUUUUGAUUCAGUAUCUCAUUCCGCUGGCCAUCAUUGGCACAUUUUACACAAUCACGGCUCGUCAUCUUCUUCGCAGUACCGGGAACAUCGAUGGUCAAGCCACAGUGACUGCGGCCUCAGCAUCUAGACCCAAUCGUCAACAUCCGCCAUCAGCAACUUCCCCUACCAAUAAUUCCAAUAGUAACCAGGAAUCCCGUCGCAAAGUGGCCCGGAUGGUGCAGAGUUUGGUAGCCCUGUUUUUAAUUUGCUUCUUGCCGAUCCACAUCUACUUUUUGUGGUUCUACUUCAAUCCCAAAUCGCAAGAAGAUUACAACGACUUCUGGCACGCGUUGAAGAUCAUCAGCUUCGUCUUGGCCUACACCAAUUCGUGCAUCAAUCCCGUAGCGCUCUACUUUAUCAGCACCAAUUUCCGCAAGCAUUUCGAUCGAGUACUUUGCUGCUGUCGCCUGGACGAAGGUAGAAACGUCCGCUCUAAGGACAAAUCGGCGAGGCCUCGUCGCCGCCGGGAUGAUCGUCGGCGUGACGGCGGCGAUCCGUUGAAGGAAUUUCAACAGCGAGGAUCGAAUCCACUCACGUCGCUGGAGCAGACGCCGUCCGACAAGCGAACGACUUCAAGUCAAAAUGGAUCUGAUGUACCGCUAACUGUCGUUAGUUCCGUGCACGAUGAAACCUCCGGCAAUAAUAAGCCUUUGCCGGUCACUUCAUCAGCAUCCGCAACCAACAACAAAGAGAAUGUUGAUGCUUUAACGUCAAUCGAUCCAGCUGUGUCGAUAGUAUAGGCUCCCGCGGGUUAAAAAAAAACAUUUGGCCGACCUAUAAUGGAAGAGCUAUUAGCCGGUUUCUAGCGGGCCAGCAGAUUGAUACAAGUUCAUAAGAUAAUUUAGGCGGUUAAACAGCGACGAUUUUUUUUUUGAAAUCCAAUCUCAAUCUAAUCAAACUGUAGUAAACAGCUUUUAGUCUAACUAAAUAUCCUAUAGUCGAUCCGCCAUUUGAUCUAUAUCUGUCCCAUUAUUCAACCCCCAAACACGUAAGCUGAUGCAUCCAAAAUUUCCAGCUUGGAAGAUAUAAUAUGUGAUUGCUUCAGUGGCGUCUGUGUCUACUUACCGAGCUAAACUUCCCGCGUUAGUUGUUAUCACAAUAUUUAACUUAAUGUGCCCUCCAGAUAAAGUAAGAAACGAUUUUUCUUCUGUGAUGAAGCAGCACUGGGGAGGUGUAGGACACGCUGAAACAAUGAAGAGGACUAUAAUAACUGACUUUGCUGUGAUAUACGCUGAUAAGAGUGAUGAUAUUGAAUGAUUAUUUGAAUACGGAUAUGCUUUGACAAUUGUA